CUAUCUAUCUGUAUACUAAUUCACCUGGUUUAUAUCAUCUUGACAGGGUUGACACUUGGAUUGAUGUCUCUAGAUGAGACAAACUUAGCGAUCUUGGCUGUAGCUGGUUCAGAAAAACAAAGAGCUUGUGCGAGUCGUAUCCUACCAAUUCGAAAAAACAAACAUAUGCUUCUGACCGCCUUGGUCCUCACAAACACAGUAGUCAACGAAACCUUACCUGUCGUAUUAAACGGAAUUUUUGGAGAAGGUUAUAUUGCUGUCAUUGCUUCUACCCUCUUACUCGUCAUAUUCUCCGAGAUUAUUCCUCAAGCAAUCUGUACCAGACACGGUUUAGCUGUUGGUGCCCUGUUUGCCAUCCCUGUCCGCGCCCUGAUGAUGCUUUGGUAUAUUCUUGCCUGGCCUAUAUCCAAAUGUCUUGAUCUUAUGCUCGGCGAACAUGAAUCGCCAAUCUACAGGGUCCAAGGCAAGUAUAUAAAAUUGAAUGAGUUGAUUAGAAUGCACGACAGCAGUUUGGCAAAUGCAGGCAGCUUGAGCCAUCGCACUGCGACAAUAAUUCAGGGCACCUUGAGUCUGCAAACAAAAACAACAGGAGAUCUAGCGAUACCACUUGACAACGUCUUUAUGCUUAGUCACGACACAUUACUCAGCAAAGAUGUCAUGCUCAAGAUCUUUGAGUCUGGAUACAGUCGGAUUCCAGUCUAUGAAACCCAGGCAGCUUCUACAGGAGAUUCGGACAUAAAGGCACUGCAGAAUAACCUUGCCAUGAUCAAUCCAGAAGACGCAGUUUCUCUUUCUGACAUUACUCUUGAACCAGUUCUUCAUGUACCGACCUCUUACUCCGCAACCGAUCUCUUGGCUGCAUUGAGAAAAUCAUCUGGUACAGCAGAAACUUGGUCUUGUUACUAG